CUUCCUAUGGCUUCAAGGUUACUUCGCGGAGCGGGGGCUUUGGCCGCGCAGGCCCUACGCGCCCGCGGUGCCAAUGGCGUGGCCGCGGUGCGCUCCAUGGCUUCUGCAGGUGGUGUUCCUACUGAUGAGGAGCAGGCUACUGGACUGGAGAGGGAGAUCAUGAUAGCUUCACAGAAGGGCCUGGAUCCAUACAAUAUGUUUCCCCCAAAGGCAGCUUCAGGCACUAAGGAAGAUCCUAAUUUAGUUCCAUCUGUCACCAACAAGAGAAUAGUUGGCUGCAUCUGUGAAGAGGACAACUCUACUGUCAUCUGGUUCUGGUUACACAAAGGCGAGACUCAGCGAUGCCCAAAUUGUGGAGCCCACUACAAGCUGGUGCCCCACCAGAUGGCCCACUGAGCCCCUACACUAAUUUACUCAGAAUAUGCUGUAAAGUUUUUUCUCUCCAAUAAAGAUUAGCCAUUACAUUGGCUCCUCCCA